UACACAGAAUUCAAUACAAUACAAUACAAUACAAUACAAAGCUCACUUUUCUUUUUGUUGUCUUUCUCUUCUCUCCUCCUCUCUACAACAAGGAAGAGAUCUCUAGAGCUUCUGUUGAAAGCAAGGAAUUCUUACAGUAACACAUGAACUCUUGAUAACUCCAAGUUAUAUUCGUAGGCAAACUUUCAUCGUUUAGUUUGUAGUAAUUGCUAAUUGUUCAAGUAUAUAUAUUUUUUCCUCUUUUGGGUAGUGAACGGGGAUAGGAUAAAAGUGAGAACCUUUUGAUGUUGGUUUUUUGCACUUGUGCUUGAAGUUCUGUAUGUUGGAUAGCUAAAAAGUUAGAAUUUUUAGAAUGUUAGACAUAUUUAAGGCUUAUUUUGCUUGUCAAAGGUUUGAUCUUUAUGGUUCAGUUUUUAAGUACAGGAUUAAGUCUUUAAUUGUCUGGUAGUGUUUCUAGUUUCUAGAUUGUUUUUGUUUUUUGGAUUCACGGUAUAUGCUGUUUGGGACAACGGGCGUGUCAUGUUUUUGUGAUUGUACCAAGUCCUGUGACUUCCUGUUUGGUUGUUCUGUGCAAAUGAUACGAUGAAUGUGGAUAUGAGGGAAAAUUCAUCUGGCCUUUCUUUUUGAAUGGACUAAUUAAAGAGAUUCAUUUGAGUAUAAACCCAGAAAAUGACUAGGAGAAGCUUACAUUUUAGCAAGCUAUAUUCAUUUUCGUGUUUCAAAUCUGCAUUUAAAGAUCACCAUGCUCAAAUUGGGCAAAAAGGGUACUCUAGAGUGGUGUACUGCAAUGACCCUGAUAAUCCAGAGGCUCUUCAGCUUAAGUAUAGGGGGAAUUAUGUAUCCACUACCAAGUAUACUGCAGUUAAUUUUAUACCCAAGUCAUUGUUUGAGCAGUUUAGGAGGGUUGCAAAUAUAUAUUUUCUCGUUGUAGCUUGUGUUUCAUUUAGUCCAUUGGCUCCCUAUACGGCGCUCAGCGUUCUUGCACCUUUGCUAGUAGUUAUUGGAGCUACUAUGGCUAAAGAAGGUGUGGAAGAUUGGAGGCGAAGAAAGCAGGAUAUAGAGGCCAACAACAGAAAGGUUAGAGUAUAUGGAAAAGAUUACACUUUUUCUGAGACCAAAUGGAAGAAUCUCCGAGUUGGGGACCUUGUUAAGGUGACUAAGGAUGAAUACUUUCCUGCUGAUUUGCUUCUGCUUUCAUCAAGCUAUGAUGAUGGUAUUUCUUAUGUGGAGACCAUGAAUCUUGAUGGAGAGACUAAUUUGAAGUUGAAGCAUGCCUUGGAGGUGACAUCAUCUCUAUGUGAUGAAGAAUCCUUCAAGAAUUUUGUGGCCAUGGUCAAGUGUGAGGAUUCAAAUGAAAAUCUUUAUUCCUUUGUUGGAACAUUGAAUUAUAAUGGAAACCACUAUCCACUUUCACCACAACAAAUUCUUUUGAGAGAUUCCAAGCUCAAGAACACCGAAUAUAUCUAUGGUGUGGUUAUUUUCACUGGACAUGACACAAAAGUGAUGCAAAAUGCUGUGGAUCCUCCUUCUAAGAGAAGUAAGAUUGAGAGGAAAAUGGAUAAGAUAAUAUACAUCCUCUUUAGCACUUUGAUUUUGAUAUCAUUUGUUGGAUCCCUAUUUUUUGGAAUUGAGACUAAAAGAGAUAUAAAUGGUGGCGAGUACAGAAGGUGGUAUCUUCAACCAGAUGUCACAACUGUGUUUUAUGACCCUCAAAGAGCAUCCCUUGCUGCAUUUUUUCACUUCUUGACAGGACUUAUGCUGUAUGGAUAUUUGAUACCAAUAUCCUUGUAUGUGUCAAUUGAAAUUGUAAAGGUGCUACAAAGCAUUUUCAUUAACCAAGAUCAGGAUAUGUACUAUGAGGAAACUGACAGGCCAGCACAUGCACGCACGUCUAACUUGAAUGAGGAACUCGGGCAGGUUGAUACCAUACUAUCUGACAAAACAGGUACUUUGACAUGUAACUCGAUGGAGUUUGUCAAGUGUUCAAUAGCAGGUAGUGCUUAUGGCCGCGGUAUGACAGAAGUGGAAAGGGCUUUGGCAAAGAGAAUAAAUGAUGGACUGCCAGAAGCUGGUGAUGAUUCAGCUGAUCAACCUGAUGAUAAUGGCAAUACAGGUUACCCAGGAAAGUCAAUCAAGGGAUUCAACUUCAGAGAUGAACGCAUAAUGAAUGGUCAAUGGAUUAAUGAGCCUCAGUCAGAUGUCAUACAAAAGUUCUUUCAAGUGCUAGCCAUUUGCCAUACUGCAGUUCCUGAAAAAGAUGAAAAAUCAGGUGAAAUUUUCUAUGAAGCUGAGUCACCAGAUGAAGCAGCCUUUGUUAUAGCUGCGAGGGAAGUUGGCUUCGAAUUGUGUGAAAGGACUCAAACAAGUAUAUCAUUGUACGAGUUAGACCCCGCAGCUGGUAAAAAAGUUAAGCGAAUGUACCAACUUCUUCAAGUCCUUGAGUUCAGUAGCUCUCGCAAAAGAAUGUCUGUGGUUGUGAGAAAUGUUGAGAACAAGCUAUUUCUCCUUUCCAAGGGCGCAGACAGUGUGAUCUUUGAAAGGCUCUCAAAAGAUGGACGGUUGUUUGAGAGGAAGACCAAGGAGCACAUCAAAAGAUAUGCUGAGGCCGGUUUGCGAACCUUGGUAAUUGCAUACCGGGAGCUUGAUGAAGAUGAAUAUGGAAUAUGGGAAAAAGACUUUUCAGAAGCCAAAGCAACAGUAACUGCAGACCGAGAUGUAUUGGUAGAUGAAAUUGCUGAUAAAAUUGAAAGGGAUUUGGUUCUUCUAGGCGCUACAGCUGUCGAGGACAAACUACAAAAGGGGGUUCCUGAGUGUAUUGAGACACUUGCACAGGCCGGAAUCAAAAUAUGGGUUUUAACUGGCGACAAGAUGGAAACAGCAGUAAAUAUAGGGUAUGCAUGUAGUCUACUGAGACAAGAAAUGAAGCAGAUCAUUAUCACUCUGGACUCUCCAGAUAUUGAAGCUUUGGAAAAACAAGGGGAUAAGGAGGCCAUUUCUAAGGCUUCUUUUCGAAGUGUGAUGGAGCAAAUAAGUGGUGGAAAAUCUCAACUUAGUAAAGAAAGCUCAACAUCAUUUGGUUUAGUGGUUGAUGGAAAAGCCUUGGCUAUUGCACUGGACAAGAGUCUUGAGAAGAAAUUUUUGGAGCUUGCACUCGGCUGUGCUUCUGUUAUAUGCUGUCGGUCUACUCCAAAACACAAAGCCCUUGUCACAAGACUGGUGAAAAUGGAAACAGGUAAAACGACAUUGGCAGUUGGUGACGGAGCAAAUGAUGUUGGCAUGCUUCAGGAGUCUGAUAUUGGAGUUGGGAUUAGUGGUGCUGAAGGAAUGCAAGCUGUGAUGGCGAGUGAUUUUGCAAUAGCACAAUUCCGUUUUCUGGAACGUUUGUUGCUGGUACAUGGUCACUGGUGUUAUAGGCGAAUAGCCAUAAUGAUAUGUUACUUCUUCUACAAGAACAUCGCAUUUGGAUUUACUUUAUUUUGGUUUGAGGCCUACACUUCUUUCUCUGGUCAGCCAGCUUAUAAUGACUGGUAUAUGUCAUUUUACAAUGUCUUCUUCACUUCACUUCCUGUAAUAGCUCUUGGUGUUUUCGAUCAGGAUGUCUCUUCAAGGCUUUGCCUAAAGUAUCCUGUGUUAUAUCAAGAGGGAGUACAAAACAUCCUCUUCAGCUGGCCACGCAUUCUUGGUUGGAUGUGUAAUGGGAUCCUCAGUUCCAUAGUUAUCUUCUUCUUCACCACCAACUCCAUGAUUGAUCAGUCUUUCCGUAGAGAUGGUCAAAUGGUUGACUUUGAGAUUCUUGGGGCUACGAUGUACACAUGUGUAGUGUGGGCUGUAAAUUGCCAAAUGGCACUUUCAAUCAAUUACUUCACUUGGAUACAGCACUUCUUCAUCUGGGGAAGCAUAGCCUUUUGGUAUAUAUUUUUGCUGAUAUACGGUUCACUCUCACCUAUUGUAUCUACAACAGCAUUUAGAGUUCUUGUGGAAGCCUGUGCUCCAAGCCCUCUCUAUUGGCUUGUCACUCUUCUUGUUGUUAUUGCCACCCUGCUACCUUACUUUUCCUACAGAGCAUUUCAGUCUCGUUUCCAGCCAAUGAUUCAUGACAUAAUACAAAUCCGGCGAUCAGAAGGCUCAGAACCUGAAGCUUGUAAUGAGUUGCCAAGUGGGGUCAGGGUGAAAAUGCAUCAACUGCAGGAAAAUCUAAGGCACAGAAACAUGUAGUUUUCUUUUCCGCUUUUUUUAGGUAUUUCAUAUACGUUUGUGUUGGAAAAGUAAAAUGUAGGUCUGGGAUAUGUGUGUAAAUGUGCGAGGGCAGGGCUUGAUCAUCCCUGCCACUAGGUUAGUAGAGUGGUUCAUUGUUUCUUCAAAUCCUGAUAAUUGUUCUGCUUGUUUUAAAGUGUACCAGAAAAACAGGAGGAAGUUAUGCAUCGGUGUCUUGUAAAUCAUCAGCAAUGUAAAUUUGGUAAAUGUGGAAAGUACAUAUUAUAUUGAUCUCUAAA